UCAGGCGUCUGCCGUAUCUGGGGAUUAUCAUACCAACCAAUCGGAUGCAAUACGUAGGCGUUUGCCCGGGUACAAUCCCGGAUUCCAUCGGGCUUAUUGCUAUAAAUUCAGACGUUGGAGAAGGAAAGGCAAAGGAGGUCUACAGCCACCGGUAGUUCUGCUUGGACGAGCGGUCUUAGUAAUUCAACAGGCAACGUGAACGCGUAUUCAAACCAAAGGACAAAUAUGCUGUACGUGCUGAUUCUAGCGUUUGUCCUCACAUGCGUCUCGUGUGGUGAGACACAUGCUUUGAGCUUCAGUGCCAGAACCAACAAGGAGGGCUUGAGUGCCAGAACCAACGAGGACAGCGGACCACUAGAUCCUUCUCGCCGUUGGUUGUUUGGGCUUGUCAGUGGUGUUAUUUCAAUCGUUAGCGGCAGCAGAACCAUGGGUUGGUGGAAAAGGGGAAGCACUGAUGGGGAGCCGGAGCGUUUCAAAGUGAUACUUCACGUUAAUCCGUGCGCUUUCGACAUCUACGAUGCAAACGGAGAUGACAUGAUAACAAGGGAUGAGCUCGAAGCGAUUUUUGGAGACAGCGAAACAACAAGAGAAUUGGCUCUGGCGCUUGACAAAUCCGGUGACGGUCAGGUGGACGAGAAAGAAUUCAAGGAGGACAUGCAUAGAUUUGUUGAAGGAUGUUAAACUGACGUUAAAUAAUACGUCCAUAAUUGUGUGAAAAUUGCUUGUAUACGAUUAGCUCAUGCAUAACUUUUAAUUAUAACCAUAUGUAUGCUUAUUUCGAAACUAUACUUAGACAAGUAUAGAAAUAGUGGUAACAAAACAAGCCAAACUGCCGUGGUUACGUAGGAGAUGCACAUUUUGGACGUAUACAAUGAUUUAUAUAUUUUAUGUAUUCUGAUUUUCAUUCUUUCAUAAUCAAUGUACACGUUUCUAUAUAUGUAAUCAAAUAUAUAAAUACAGUUAUACUGAUUUCUUGA